AUGUCUAGCAGAAAUAACAGAGGUUCAGGUUUCACCCAAGAUGAGAUUAAUGGUCUCCUCUUGAAGCUACAAGCAUUGCUACCAGAUCCUACUUCAAGGUGCACAAGGGUACCAACAUCAAAGAUUCUGGAAGAAAUGUGCAGUUACAUCAAGAGGCUGCGUAGAGAGGUGGACGAUCUCAGUGAGAGACUGUCUCAAUCACUGUCUUCCAUGGACAGUGAUGAACUUAAUGCAGACUUUCUUAGAAGUCUUCUACAGCAAUAG